AUGGUUACUUCCUGGAUUCUUAAUUCUCUCUCAAAGGAAAUUGCAGAAAGUGUGGAGUAUGUUUCUGAUUCAUUCGAACUGUGGAAAGAAUUAGAGGAUCGAUAUGACCAAACUAAUGGUGCAAAGCUAUAUCAUGUUCAACGUGAAAUUAACGAAUUAUCACAGGGAACUUUAGACAUCACUACUUACUACACCAAGAUGAAAAGACUGUGGGAAGAAUUGAACACAUUACAUGCGAAAACUCAGUGUAACUGCAAUUGUACUUGUGGAGCUAAGGAUAAUAUGUUCAAGGUAGAUCAGGAUAGAAAAUUGAUACAGUUUCUUAUGGGGUUGAAUGAAGUUUAUACUGUAAUUCGAGGGAACAUUCUCAUGUUGAAUCCAUUACCUUCUCUAGCACAAACUUUUUCCUUGUUGAUACAGGAUGAAAAGCAAAGAGAAAUCAAGCCUAACACUCAAAUGUUCAUGGAGUCUACUUCUCUAUAUGCUAAAGGUGCAGGGAAGAAAAUCACUGAAUCUGUUAACUUUAGUGGAAAUAGCUCAGCAGGAGCAAGUACUUCUAGGUCCAUGAAGCCAAUUACCCCUCCACAGAUAACUCCAAUUUCAUAA